AAAACAAAAAGCCAAUGUGCGAAAAACCAACUGUGGAUUCUUAGAUACCUGUACAAGUACAGCUUACAUACUUUAAACGUAACCAUUUUAGCUUGACCCCUUAAAUGCUACUAGAAAACCCUUAUACAUUAGAAACUUUAAUAUGGCGCGGGCGAGGACGGGGGUCUUAGCAGGAUGGCCGGGUUGGCGUACAAUGUUUUUGAGCAUGCGCGAACCGUAAGUUUUCAGUUGAGACCUUGGUCCUACACUCGCGUGUCGUGUCCUUAUUGAAAAAAAAAUCGAGCGCCGAUUUCAAUUUAAAUAAAGAACAGUGCUUUUUUAAAGUGUAUAUUAUAGUGGCCAGUGUUUGUGCUUUUUUUUUUUAAAUUUGGUGGUUUUGCGUUUUGGUACGCUACGUAGUAACACGUGUUGGUUGGAAAUGUGAUUUUUUUUAAAUGUCCGACGGUCCCAGUAGACUGCCCUCUCUCUCGGGGUCAAAAUGCAAACCGCACGAAAUGUGGGCAGCUAUGACGAGGUCCAUUGAGAUCUUGGUGGCAUUCUUCGAGUACUAUGCACAAAGAGCGCAGCUUGAGACAACAUCGACCAGCAGCCCCGGCGCGAAGUCCCCGGCGGGCAGCAGCGCCGGCGCCGCCGCCGGCGCCUCCACCGCGCCCGGGGAGCGCACGCCGACCGCGCACAACAAGCAGCUGCAGAAUGUCAAGGGGCAAGACCACCCGCCGCACCCCAGCAUGGCGUUCCUCCAGAACCGGUCCAUCUCGCUGGUGGACAUGUACAUCGAUAACAGCGAGCCGAGCGAGAACGUCGGCCAGAUACACUUCUCGCUCGAGUACGAUUUCCAGAAUACGACGCUUAUAUUGAGGAUCAUUCAGGGUAAGGAGCUACCUGCAAAAGAUCUAAGCGGCACUUCGGACCCUUACGUCCGAGUGACGCUCCUCCCAGACAAAAAACAUCGGCUGGAAACGAAGAUCAAGCGGCGAACUCUGAACCCGCGGUGGAAUGAGACCUUCUACUUUGAAGGUUUUCCUAUACAGAAGCUGCAAAGUCGGGUGUUGCAUCUUCACGUAUUCGACUACGAUCGCUUCUCCAGGGAUGACUCCAUUGGAGAAGUGUUCCUGCCACUCUGCCAGGUGGAUCUAAGCGAGAAGCCCUCCUUCUGGAAGGCUCUGAAGCCUCCAGCGAAGGACAAAUGCGGGGAGCUGCUGACCUCGCUGUGCUACCAUCCCAGCAACUCCGUGCUCACACUGACGCUGCUGAAGGCGAGGAACUUGAAGGCUAAGGAUAUUAACGGGAAAUCAGAUCCGUACGUGAAAGUCUGGCUGCAGUUUGGCGACAAGCGCAUCGAGAAACGCAAGACGGCCAUCUUCAAAUGCACGCUCAACCCCGUCUUCAACGACGCUUUCUCCUUCAACGUGCCCUGGGAGAAGAUCCGUGAAUGCUCGCUCGACGUCCAGGUCAUGGACUUCGAUAAUAUUGGGAGGAAUGAGCUCAUCGGACGGAUACUUUUGGCCGGGAAAAACGGCUCUGGCGCCACAGAAACUAAGCACUGGCAGGACAUGAUCACCAAACCUCGGCAGACCAUCGUGCAGUGGCACCGCCUGAAGCCGGAAUAAGUUGUUAAUGUAACAGUCGUCGGCAGGACUCCUGAACUACUGCAAUACACGCGUAUUUGAGUCUUGAAACAUACUGGAUGAGGGAAGAAGAAAAAGAAGAAGGAGAAAUACAAUUAUUUCAACGCCACAACAUAGAACAGUAUGAAAAAAAAAGCAUGCAGACAUAAGACAUUUGGAAGCUAAAAUAGGAUAGAGCUGCCAUGAGCUCUGUGACAGUCAAGCUAUUCGAAUCAUAAAGCAUACCUGGAUGGUGUUUAGCAAAAAUGUGUUAACCCACAUUCAUUUUGCAAUGAAAUGACAACUUUAAGCGUCAAUUUUUUGAGUUGACAUUUUAUUGCAAAAUGAAUGUGGGUUGACACCAUCCUAUGCCUUAACUCUGCAUAUAUUUGAUGUCUGCUUGAAAACUACUACCUAUGAACCGUGAGCGUUUUAAGCCUCAGCUGGUAUGAGAUCUAAAUCUUCCUCUGUCUAUUAUAGUGAUGCAGAUAAGCUAAUAUGUGCCAAGCUAUUGGAAACUUGAGUAUUAAAUCAACUAAAAUCUGAUGACAUAUCGCUGGCCCAAUAUUACAGGGUUCUAUGUUACAUGUUCAAGAUAGUCGAAAUUCGACUUAAUAUCACUAUGACAAUGUUCAAAUUUCAGUUCGAUGAAAGUGAUACAUAGAACCCUGUAAUAUUGGGCCAGCGAUAUUGCAAACCUACUUUCGGGCAGAGGGAGUUUUUGAGUUUUAAGUCUUAUGACUGCUUGAAAGCUAUUAUUCUGUAAUUUUCAAAUAUCAGACCGGAUGACUCAUUGUUUUAAUUCAUAAGACUUGUAGAAAGAGAUGAUAAUAGUUGUGUUAAAAUUUCGUUCAAGAGUUACAGAGAAUGUCAAAACAAUAUGCGUGUAUUGAAUCUAAGUAAAGAAGUACAUGUUAAGUCAUUAGUAAGUGUGAGUGUCAACACACAAAGUGCUUGUGUUAAAUGCAGUAACUUGUAUUUAAAAAGUAAGCCAUUCAUCCUGUCAUUGUUAGUUAUUAAUAGCUAUUACUUUACAGACGAGUUAGAGGUUUGAAAAGGUUAUCCUAACACUUAAUAUUUCAUAAAAUAUUAAAUUAAUACUAUCCUAGACAAAGUUUAAGGAAUCGGUUAUUGUAUUAUUUGUUAUAUUGCUUAAACGUUUUAAAAAUAUAACUGGUGUGUGAAGAUAUAGAGAAAUAUACGACGACUUUGCCCAUAGAGGUAACGUCCGUAGGGCAAAGUAAAAAAUAUUGAAAUAGGUCGUGCGUUUAGAGAAAUAAUGAUAGAAUGAUGAUUUUUUUUAAUAGAAGAUUUAUUUUAGUUCAGGGAUCUUGUCGGCAAUGAAAAUAUAACGUCAUAAGACUGAGCGGUUAAAGGUUUAACGGUUAAAUCCGUUCUGAAAUCUAUCUCACUUGACGCUGUGCACGACUUUUUUCGUUCAAAAAUAUGUUUUCAUCCUUUACUGUCCAAUUCGAACUAUAAGGUACGUCAAUGAUGGUGUGGUGGUGGUGUUUAGCAAAAGUGUGUCAACUCACAUUCAUUUUGCAACAAAAUGUCAACUUUAAGCGUCAUUUUUUUGAGUUGACAUGUUAUUGCGUAAUUAAUGUGGGUUGACACAUUAUUGCUAAACAAGAUAGAUACGAUAUGGAUUCGAUGUGUCAGUGUCAAAAGUGACAUUUUUGUUUGAAGAAACGUCACAUUUGAUACUGACAUAUCUAAACCAUAUCGUUUUUAGAUCUAUUAAUUGACUUAUCUUAAAGUUCGAAUCGGGCCGUUAUCGCAUUGGUCUUUCUGUAUUUUCGGUAUUCGUCGGCAUUAUUUAGAAGUUUUAAUGAAAGAUUACAGAAUAUGACAAAUAAUGAAAAUGUAGAAAACCAAUGCGGAUGAUUAUGCUAACAAUAAAGUUUGUAUCUGUCAAUGCUUUUAAAUAAAAUUUAUUUAAUUUAAAUUUUAUCGCACAGUACUCUUUAAAUUAACGUAGAAUUAGUUUUAACUCAGCUCGAGUAUUUCUUUUCAUACAAAAUGUUUGUAUGAAAAUUUCAUUAAGCUUAAAAGUUGAAUCAAUGUUAAGAUUUGAAUAAAUUGUUAGAGGUAUAAAAUAAUUGUUAAAAUGUAGAAAAUAUACGGAAAAUGUCGAGUUCGCAUCGCACAAAGAGAAAAGUAGUUUUUAUUUUAUAUUUGCGCGAAUGAAUAAAAUAUUAUUUUAUUUAGCCUGGUCUAAUUUUAACAUUGCCCAAAAAUUAUGAAUAAAUUAUUCAAGGGCAGAAAAGUUUUGAAAGUCAAUAUUGCUGGCACAAAUCCAUUGCAUUUAGAUAAUGCCAAAAUAUUACCGAGGAUAAAAAAAAUGCAAAUUUGCCAUUAUUUCAGAAUUCGUUGUUAUUGUUGGGUGAAAAUAUUAUGCUAGUCGAAGAAAAAAUCGUGCUACAAGACAAUUUUCAGGGUAUAUAAUAAUAUACCUUGUAUGUCUUUUAAAUAAAUGAGUGCUCGUUUUUCGUUUGACACAGCAUUAAAUAAAAAAAUUUAUCAAAUAUAAUUUUGCUUUGAUAAUUGAAAUUCUAAAUUAAUUAAUAGAAAUGUAACAAAUAGGACGAACGUGCCAUGGUUGGUCAAUUUUAGGUGAGAGUUAAAGUAAUGUUAAAUGGCAAAGUUGACAGAAAUAAAAAUUUUAAUAGUCAAUGUGAAUUGUUUUUUUUUUCGUAAAAUGGCGGUUAUAAUCAUAAUGUAAUCCAUUGAAGUCGGAUGCCAUUUUUUUUUUAUUUGAAUAUUAAAAUAAAACAUGAAGUCAUGUUAAACAAUACGUGUAUGUAAAAGAUAAAAUUUAGAAUUAAAAUGCUUGUUGUUACAUGUUAAAGCUUAUACAUUCCGUAGUUCAUCGGUGUUGAGGUAAUGGAAAAAAUCAUCAAAAUUCAAAAUAUUGUAUACAUUUAUAUAAAGGAUUUUAUAGAAAACUUAGAAUAGUUGUACCCGAUUACCUGAUGAUACACAGUCCUGGGAUUUAUAAAUGUUUAAGUUUCUCUGCGGAGAUUUUGCCUUAACAUUUUUGUCAGACAUUCAAAAAGCAAUUGUAACUAAAGUAACUUGAUGUAAUCAAUAAAAUUUAAAUUAUGAUAUUUAUGGCAAAAUUUAUAUAUAUAAUAUAUCGUUUACCUUAGAUAUCGUCUCAGUAAAACGGCUUUGUCAAAAACAGAAAUAAAUUGCCGAAUUCAAUUAGAGUCUGGCAAUGAUUAUGCAGUUAAUUAUUACUUAGUGUAGAUUAUUUUUAUUCGUUGUGGUUUUCUCUGUAUAUUUAUAUUAUACAUAAUUAUAUUACACCAUAAUUAUAUUUAUAUACUGCCUUGAAAUGUGAUCAGCACGGCUACCAUCAAUUUGGCAUUGACAUAAACGCUAUCGUGAACGUAAUUUACUUUCGAUAGGUAAUUAAUUACCGUUUACUCGUACUAAUUAAAUAAUAAUUCUUGCUCUUUUUUUUAGUAUACUUAGAAAGGGACAGUAUCGUUUGGAGUGGAGUGAAGUUAGGCACGUAAGACUGUAAAGAAACGUAAAACGUGACAUACGGCACGUUUAUUCACUGAAAGUAAGUGAAAAAUACUCUGCCAACUGAUGCUAGAGGCUCAGAUGUCACUUUUGAUAUCUCAACGAGUUUAAAAACGCUGCAACUGUUUAAUGCUACGAGUAUAAUUAUACAAGCGGUACCUUAAAAAAGUAUAAUUAUGCAAAAACAAAUAUAAAACUCAGGAUUGUGUACCGAAAAAAUGUAGUUUGUUGUCAUAGAUAUAGUCAGUUAAAGGUUUAUACAUACCUACAUUAGUUGCAUUCGAAAACAGUAUGUUAGAAUAUUUUUUAUUAAGUCCUACUGAGCUUCGAAAACCGAUUUUAGAACCUAAUGCCAAUCAGAAUAGGAUAAAUUCAGUAGAAUGUCUGUUAAGGUAAAAUAAAAAUAGUCUAGUAUAUAAAUUGAUUCCAUCUGACGCAUUGAAGGAUUUCAUCAAGCAAUUAUGUAAUUUUUAGUCGUUUUGUAGGUUAUAAAGUGACGUUUUUAUUGUUUUUAUUACUGGAUGUCUUGCGUCAGUCGUCAACUGGUUGGGACUAGUUUGACGCUUGUUUGGUAUGCAUUGCAUGUCGCAAAGAAAUCGAGUAUUUGUGAAAUCAAUUUACUUAGGAGUACCUUUUAAAACAGUUGAAAAUUAUAUCUUGUGCUCUUUGGAAAAAAGGAAAGCCAACUUUAAAUCUGGCCUUGUAUUCGGGUUUUCUUGGAAAUCUUAAGUUAUAUCUAAUAAAUACAAAAGUACCGCGCAAAAAAAAAAAAUAUAAAUUGAAAACGGACGGUAUUGUUUUCUUUAAAUUUUAAGGAAUAAUUUUAUUGUCGGGUCUUCUAUAAAUGUUUUUUUUUCUCGUAGAGCAAAUUAAAAUAUUAACGUACCUACUCAAAGCGGGUACAAAUAGCGACACUAAAGAGAAAGUUUAGUAAAAAUCCGAAGUAAGCAUAAAACUUAUACAUAAGAAUAAAACGUUGUUUAAGAUCGGAUACAGAUUUAUAAAAAUCUAUCUAGCUAAAACUAUAUAUUUUUUACCGUCGUAUUUUCGCGUAGGUGUCAAUACUUCUCUUCGAAGGCUUUUUAAUUAUUUUUGCUAUGUAUUUAUAGUAUUAAUUUAGUGUGAUGCUGAAUGCUUAGCUAGUAAUCAUCGUUUUAUUUCAGCAUAUCCAGAAGGGCGUAUUUAAGCGUUUACCAAAAGUAAUCCUAAAAUAUUGAUGGAUAACAAAAAUACUUAUAACUUUGCCCGUUUAUUUUAAAUAAUUUUGUGUUUUCUAAAUGAGACAAGAACCGGUACUAUUUUAAAAUAAAAAAAGUGAUAUUGUCUUAUAAUUUUUGGAGUGCCUAGGUUAUGACAUUUUUAUACAUAACUAGCAAAAAUUUGAUUUCAAAGUUAAUUCAAUAACCAUUGGCAUAGUUGUGUAGAAACGUCUAUAUAUUUUAUUUCAUUCCUUAAAAUUAAAAUAGACGUCAAUGUUUUCUGAAUGAAUGCAUUAAAUAUUGAAAACGCUUAAAUUUAACCCGAUAUCGCAUAGGGGCGUAAAAAGUUAAAAAAUAUUGUAAGUAUUAAAGAAAGGUCAAAAUGAGAGGAAUUAUUCUAUAAAUGUACAUAAAAUAGAAAAACAAACUUCGCCGUGGAUGGCUCAUUACAAUGUUUUCAUAGCUAGGUGUAACAUUUUAAAAGAAAUAUUUUUAUCUUCCGAGCAUACUACCUCUUUCUUUUUAACUGAAUUACAUAAUCAACAGGUUUUAAAGAAAUUUUUAUAGCAAAUGACAUUAGAAAAAUCGAGCUCAGAGGAAUGGUUCAGACAAAAAAAAAAUCGGAUAAAAAAUCAUAACAAAUUUUUUACAUCAAUUGCAGGGUUUAGUCACGGUUAUAUUAAAUGUAAUUAUGGAUCAUGUUCAUAAACAUUGUGAUUUUUCUAAUGUCAUAAUUGUUGCUUUUUACGAAAAAGGAGAAAACGCUUUUCUAGUACAACGUUUAGGACAUAUCAAUAAAUUAAUUUCUGAUGACCAUUUCAAAUAAACAUAUUUUCUGGAAAUGUUGUUUUAAACUAAGAAAAGAAUAUAAAUAUUUUUGCGCACUAUAUAAAAAUAAAUUUAUUUUAAAAACACUUUUUUUAAUGCAUUCGGUGUUGCUUGUCAUUCACUAGCUCACUGAAUAUUCGGUCGUGUUUGGUGGUUUACUGUUGUUACGAUUACACAAUUGAUUGACCAAUGUAAUCACAAAUGUAAUCAGAAUGUAAUCGUUAUGUCACCGGUCACGCUUAUGCCGGACGACAUUGCUAAUAAAAACUUAAAUGCAUUUAGAUUUCAAUGCAUUUAGGCGUUUAUUUAAACGAUCGCCAUUUUGUAGUUUGAGUAAUGUCGUAUUUACGAGUUCUUAAAAUAAAUUCAUUACCUUGUAAUGCCCUAAAAAAAUUGAAAAAAUACAAAUUAUGAUCAAUAGGUAGGUAUUUGCCAAAAACUCGUUUGGAAAAAAAGUUAUGGUUCAUAGUUGAAACUUUUUUUUUAAUUUUAUUUACUAACAAUGGUAUUGCACGGUAAUCAUUUUAUUCGAAAAAUUAUAAAUCUUAAAUGCGAUUUGGUUUGACCUUUUAUAAAUGAUGAUUUCGCAUACAUUUUUUUAAAUUCAUUUUUAAUUUUAAUUAAUAAUGUGAGAUUAUCAUCUAAUGGGCAAAAAACGCAUUAAAGUAAAUCAAAUAAAUUCGGCUCAAACGUGUUUAUAAUCGCAGUCGAUGUCUAUUUUGUGCAAUAUUAUAAUAUUAAAUGUUAUUAUUAGGACAAUUGUGAUUUUAACAAUAUAGUUGAUUAAUUUAUCGUAUAUAAAUAAAAAAAUAAUAACUUUUUAAAUAUGUAAUAUCAUUGUAAUAUUAAGAGAUCAGUGUUUAGCUAUAGAGAGUUAAUAACAUAUUUAUAGAUUGUUACGUUUAAAAUGAUAUGUAUUGUCUUUAUUUAUCCGCAUAACAAUGAAAUAUCGGUUUAACUACAAUACCACGUAUUUAAAAAAAUAUCGCCUUGUAAAAAAAAUUAUACAACUUUGCCCAUGUAAAAUUUUAUUAUUCAUUUUUGUAUACUCUUAAAGAUUUUAACUAUUACCUACAUAUUUCAGAGUAAUAUUUCUUAAAGAAAUAAAUAAUUAAGAAUUAUGGGCAAAGUUAUCUCGGAUAAACUGUGCAUUAUUUUAAAUAUUUUAUCGGUUAUGUGAUAUAGUUAAUAUUGUGGUAUUGUAAUUAACGAUAAUGUACGUCUUCUAUGGUAAAUUUCUAAAAAUUUUAAUUGUCACGAAUUUUCUUAGUUUAAAUUUUAAUUAGAUGUAUGGUAUACACCCAUUAACAAGUGUUGACAAUCGUUAGGUAUUUAUUGAGAUUAUUCAAAUAUAAAAUAUUGAGUUAA